UCCCUCCCUUGUGCCUCUUCGUGAUGCCACAUUUGGCCACAAUUUGAAUUUGACCAGCGCUACACUUGAAGUUCAGCCCGAUCGCGCUUGCCAAUCCCGCUGUGCAAAGAUGCCGCGCGGUCGUCAUCGACAGAGCAAGCCUCAUCCAAGCGCUGCUGCUCCUUCCACCUCCGCAUCUGGAGUCGGCACCAGCGGUCCUUCGAGAGUCGCCGGUGGAGCAGGCAACCCUAGUGCGGGCGUAUCAGGCAAAGCUCGGUCCUCAUUCAAGAAUCAGGUCUACUCCCAAGCUUUGCCUGUACAUGUAUCUCCGCACGAUGAGAAUGGGAAGCGGGCAGGACGCACAAGACCGCAUGAGAGUGAGGGAUGGUGGGAAUACAUUGCGGCUUUGGUUGGGGCGAAGAGCGAUAAAGGCAAGGGUCGAGCUAGUCAGCAUGAACCACCGACUGCCGAGGACCCGCAGAGGAGCGGAGCGAGCAAGGUGAAAGGAACUUGGGACCCGCUCACUCGGUCAGUCUGGAUCCACGUCACUCCCACCGCGCCCAUCGCGCCUCUCUUGGACCUGCAUUCUUUCCAGGACUCGAGCGCGGCCGAUCCCUCGAGCGCAAGAACAAGACCUCACAGAGAUUCCCAAGGGAGAAUAAUCACAGGCAGAAAAGCUCAGACGUAUGCUUCGAGGAAAUUGUGGGAGCGGGGCUUCUUUGGCAAGGGAACGCUAAGCAGAAGCGAGCCUACUUGGAGGGAUCGAAAGGUGGGAGAGGUCAGGGUAGAGAGGGAGCGAGCGCGCGGCAAAUUUGUCAGCACGCCGGAGGAAUUGACAGCUCAACGUCGACGAGAGCGCAAAGCAGCCAAGAUCGCCCGUGCUCGUUUGGCAGUUCGAGCAGGCACACAGCUGCCAGACGGCAUCGUGGCGCUAGGAGGCGAGCUCAAUUCGGAAGAUGAGAGGGUGCUAGAACGCAUCGCUGAGAGGGAACUGGAUCGAGAAGACGUCGAGGGUCCACAAGAUGAGUUGGAAGCGGAAGAAGAGUAUGGGAAGCAUAUUCCUGGACUUAUCUACUUGAGACCCAAGGACGAAGAAGACCGGUCAGAGCAGCGAGAUGCACCAAGCAACGGCGAAGGAAGCCAAGCAUUGCACACAGGCGAGCAUGUGGAGGAGCAUGGAGAGGAAGAAUGGAUAGAAGUGCAAGAUAUGGAGGUCCUUCAAUUGAACGUGUACGAGGUCUUCUUUCUGGCAGGAAUGCUCGACGUGAUUGAAGUGUCGGACGAGCGAGGUGGCACGCUUGCCAUUUUUGAUCUAUACGCCCUGCUCUGCAGCACGACUCUGAAGCCUGUACACCUGCCGCUCGCGCAACUUGAGAUGCCAAGCAUUCAAGAUUUGGAGAACACGGCUCACCUGUGGGCAAGACCGGACAACCCCUUCUUGGUGCAGUAUGUUGCUUAUCACCAUUUCAGAUCUUUGGGAUGGGUAGUGAAGAGCGGAAUCAAAUUCUGUGUCGACUUUUUGCUGUACAAGAAGGGACCUGUCUUCAGCCAUGCCGAAUUUGCGAUUCUCGUCAUCCCAUCUUACGUGGACUCGGCCGACUCGCAAGGAAUCAAAACGGAUGAGUUUACCACUUUUGACGGUUCCUCUGCUCCUUCUACUCCAUUCAUCCCGCAUACAACAUCCGGCGAGAAGUCCUGGGUGUGGUUCAGCACGAUGAACCGGGUUCAGACUCAAGUGCUCAAGACGCUAGUGCUAGCUUACGUCACGGUACCCAGGCGCUGCGACGUUGACCCGCAAGAUCUCAGAGAUCCACAACGCUUCGUGCAGAGGUUGAAAGCGGGCGAUCUGUACUCUGUCAGAGAGAUCGCUAUUAGACGUUGGGUGCCGGCUAGGAUGAGAGCGUAGCGCUUUACAAUCACUGCUCAAUGCGAUGCAGAUAUGAUGUCAAUCUUGAUGGAUGCUUGGUCAUGCGUGAAGAAGUCAGGACAUC